AUGGCAAGGUCAGGUCGAAGUGAGUCAGGCAUUCGCACAGGAGCGAGGGGCGGCCACGCAGCCACGACCUCCACGACUAGUUGCGGCUCUCGAUUUCGCCCUGUCGUCAAAGAGAGGUUACAGUAUAAAGCACGCGAAGGUGGCAAGCGUUGCGUGGUCCUCUCCGCCAUCGUCGUCCUGCCAUCACCUGCCAUGUCGGGCGUGAACCAGGCUUCGUUGAGUCCAGAACAAAUUGCAAACUUGCAACGCUACUUGCAAACUGCUCAAGCGCAGGGACGCCAGGAUCUGGCAGCCGUCCUGGCACGCUCUGCUCACCCUGGAGGGAUGUGGACAGUCGAGAGAGAAGUCCUGGGUGUCGAUGUCGGCAAUGGCCAGGCAGGAAAACUUCCUUCCGACUACCCUUAUCCGACAAGUAUCGACGACGACAUCGCAGUGAAAUCACCAACUCCAGCACAAGGUACACAAGGUGGUCAAGGUCAAAACAUGCUCACCCGGAGAGGUCCCGGCACCCAGACGUCUAUUCCGGCUGCUCCACGUCCAGGUCCAAAUGGCCAUCAUAUAGCCGCGAGCGGUCCCACGCAAGCAAGACCCAGGCGCCCAGCAAGUAUUUCAGAUCGUGCUGUGCAGCAUCCUCGCUCCGGCAGCUUUUGGAACAUCACGCGGCCCGCGCGCGGGGCUGACAUUCCUAGAGAGUCGACAGACUAUCGCGCAGGUCGUGACCACGAGGAAAGCUCGGAAGACGAUGCGUAG